AUGGAGAAAAAGAUAAAUAGUACACACAUAAUGAAAUGUGCUGGAAUCAAAGAUUUUUCAGAAGAUUCAAUAGUUGAUGAAGACAAGUUGGCGAAAUGUAGAGAAGAAUCAAUGAAAGAUUAUUAUAAUAACAAAAUUACAAGCAGAGGAGAGCUUAAUUAUAGCAAGAAUAACUUAUUCUAUCUUCCCAGAGCUAUCAUGAUGUCUGUAUUUGAUCAGGUAGUGACCCUUAACAUCAGUAAAAACUCAUUUACGGAGAUAAAUGAUAAUAUGGUUAAAUCUCUUCCUAACUUGAAAGAAUUAAUUGCUGAUUCUAAUAAGAUAACUUUCAUAACGUCAGAGAUUUACUUGUUAAAAGAUACUCUGAAAUAAGCUGAUACUGGGGAACAAUAACCUAAAAGAGGUUACGCCUGAAAUUUCUCAGCUGGAAAAUCUCCAGUUUUUGCUGCUUAAUGAUAAUAAAAUUGAAUAUCUUCCUCCAGAAAUCUGUGAGUUACAGAACUUGAAGAUGCUAGAUGUUACCAAUAACCUUCUUAGCUCUCUACCUUAUGAAUUAGGUAAUCUAAAAAAUCUGAGACGACUAAACAUGGCAAAUAAUUCAUCUCUACAAUGGAUCCCAACUAGUCUGUGACAUCUUGAUAAGUUAGAAAGAAUUCAUCUUGAAUGGUUAGUUUAUGCUCCCAAAGUAGUUGAUUUAAGUAUCAACGAGCAUGGUCAGAGUGAAAACACAAGAUCAACUUACUCAAUGCGUUCAGAAACUGAAUUUAAGAGAGAAAAGGCAUUCCAAUUCAAGCAUAUUCUGAAAGAAUUCGACACACAAGGAAAAGAAACAGUGAGCUUUAUUGAAUUCAUCAAGUGAGAUAAAGAUAAUAUUGAUUACAAGGAUAGUAGAAAGAGGACCAAGAUAAAUAUUGCUGCCAAAGAAGGUCAUUACCUCGUAGUCCAAGAACUACUCAAGCAUGGAGCAGAUCCUAACCUGUAUGAUAAGGAUAAAUUUGCUGCCCUUGGUCUUGCCAUCCGAGAAGAAAAUGAUAGAAUUUCAGAUUUAUUACUUGAUUCAUCAUGUGCCUCAGGAGAUGGUGAUAAGCCAAGAAUCGAACUUGACCAAGGGGCUGGAAAUUUGGGAAGCCCAUUACAUAUAUCUAUAGUAAAGCAUAAGGCUGAUAUCGUGAUUAAAAUGAUCAAAAUGGGUGCAAAUAUUAAUAUGAAAGAUAAUGAAGGAAAUACACCUCUUCAUCAACUUAUCAGUAUCUAUUCCAAGAACGAAUUACAAAGUUUGAAUCUGUUAAAGAUUCUUGUAAAGAAUAAAGCUGACUGAGCAAGUCGAAAUAAUUUAGGACUGACUCCUCUAAUGCUGGCGAUUAAAAGAAAGCAGAAGGGUGCUAUCAUAGAUAUUCUAAAGCAGCCAAAGCGUAGCUUAGGUAGCUUCAAACUAAAUGCUAUUGAGAAAAGUUCAGGAUAUAACUCGCUAUAUUUAUUACUAAAGCAUAAAUUUACUGAACUUGCUGAAAAUACCUUCCUAAAAGGAGGGAAUUCAUUGAUAUACCUUCCAGGAGGAUGGAAAUAGAUGUUGACUUGACGCAGAUAGUUACAAAACAAAGUACAUCAUCAGAAAAAUGAGAAAGUUCCAACUAAGGAAAAAGUUUAAUGUGUCUAAAGUAACCACCCUGACAGCAGGGUAUAAAGAUCUUGUAAGAAACAGAAUCGUGUUCUAUGAAGACCCUGAUCCUCUUUCAUCAUUCAAAACUCCUCUAAAUGAAUACCAUUCUGUUGGACAGCUGAUUAAGAAGAAGAAGGUUCAGAAGAUGGGAUUCCUUAAGAAAAUGUGUAACGACAGUAGAAGAAGUACAAGGAUAAAAUUUGUUAAGCAUCAGUUAAUCGGCUCUCCAGAGUAAUUCAUAGGAAUAAAUUCAAUUUA